AUGGUCGGGUGGCGGCGCUGCGGCCUCACUCACGCAGCAGUCCUCGCCGAGACAGUCGCUCAAAGGUACUGCUCCAAUCCAGCCCUCACAAGAAUCACUGCAAAGAUGGUGUCUCGGCGCAUGGUCGGAGCCGCCCUCGUGGCGCUCAUCGCCUCCUCCUUCGUCAGCUCUGCCGUCGCGGCCUCCAUGGACGCGCAGGAGGCCAGGAAGUUCGCCGCCAAGCCCAACGACAUCAAGAAGCAGCAGAACUUCCUACCCAACAAUAAGCAGGAGCAGGCGAACGACGGCGGGUUCCAGUGGGGCAAGAUCCUCAACAUGGUGAUGCAGAUCUUCAUCGGCGGGCCCACGGGCGGCUCCAGCGGCGCCUCCGACAAGAUGGACUACAUCACACAGCUCACGACGGGCGAGUUCUCGUGGUCGAAGGUGCUGGCGCUCGGCCUCCAGGUGGUCCUCAGCGUGCUGGGCGGCGGCGACAACGCUGCUCUGGACAGGAUUGACGGAGGCUCGCCCAUUGAGGGAAUUCUGACAGCCGUGAUCUCGUACCUGACUGGCUCCAGCGACCCCCAGGAGGUCGGAGUCAUGGCCAAGCAAGCGACUGAGCUCUUCGGACUGGUGGUGACUCUCCUGGACGCCCUGCGCACCUCCUUCUCGCAGAGGUCCUUCGAGGCACGCAGCAUGGGCACCACUGACCCCAUGGCCGAUGCUGCUGUAGCUGCCACCACCAUGCUCAAGAGCUACAUCAAGACUUACGAGACCGAGGACGACAUGUGCAUGCAGAAGUACCUCUGCGAGGCGAACAAUGACUGCGUGUACAGCACUGGCGACACUGGCUACCUGUUCUGCCAGAUCGGAACAUAUGGAAUGAGCUACCUGCUGGAGCGCACCACCUACACGCCCUUCGAGAUCUACAACGACGCCGGACGCCGCGGCCGCGUCGGAGAGAACUGCAGGGAGAUCUUCAGCGACUGCAAUGACGUCUAAGCCUUCCACCCCCUCCUGUUUCUGUCCCAUCCCCCCCCUCCUCCUUCCCGACCGACUCUCUCCCCUUCGUCUUCUUGCGCCCGCGGCCAUUUCACCGUCCUUCCUCGUGCUCGACGCUGGCCCGGGCGAGGGAGCGGCGGCGGGACAGGGCACGGGAGUGAAAUGGCCGGCAGCCGCGUGCCGUGGGUGGAACAGUUAGUUAAAUAUUUAUGUGAGAUGCCGUUACUCCGGCACUUUAAAAAUCAGUGGGGCUCAAAGCUCCCAAUAUAAGAGGCAUUGACUUGGUCUGACGAAGACUUUUGGGGAAGACGAUGACAGCUUCACCAUUUUCUUUUAUUCUGUAUUUUCUUGUUUUCUUCAUGGAAAAAAUAGACCAGACGAUUCUGAGAGACAGACCUAUCGUAUGCAGUAUUUUUCAAGUUCGGACUGUUGUUGCGAAAAGUUCAUACUAAUUGCCAAACUGUCCUUGACUAUUUGAAAAUCCUUCAGACAUGUCACGACGCGCUCAGAGGGCGCACCUCCAUCCGAGACUCGGCCCAGUCGGUGCCCUCAUUUCUAGACAAUGCUGGGUCACCUAUAGCCCUUGAGGUUUGGCUGGAGGGGGACAGGUAGGAGACCCGACGUGUGACUGACAUACUUUGUUGACACGACGCAGGGAACUGGACGGACCCGACAUGAGACGAGAAAGGACGAGUUUGUCGAGAGAUCGAACCAGGAUCGUCUAAAUUCCCAACGCCGUGUGCCGACGCCGAUCAAGUGCAAACCAUUUGAUGUGUCGAAAUGUCACUUUCUGAGGUCGAAAUAAAAACAGACUACAGUCACAGGUCGGCGAGAGGCGCUCGACUCACGGAGCCGAAGGCUCCCUUAAGCAGCUCAGGGGCAAGCACUGAGGGAUCCUCGAAAAGCCAAGACACUAAAACGGAAGAAUUUUAGGACCAACAAGCCUUGAGUGUUCAUGAUGCUGCAUUUGCACUGGUGCUUCCCUUUCCUUCCGCUCCCUUUCCCUUGUCUUCUUAGCGGAUCAGAACCAAAGGGAUGAAAGAGAAAGGAAAUGGAGGGAGUGUGAGGCAACUGACCGAAAUGGUCUGGCUGGCAGACACCGUCCUGGUCGCCGUACCUGACAUGGGACACAGACAGACAGACAGACAGACAGGGAGCGCCGACGGGGCACGAACAGCUCUCGCCCCCUCUGUUCGUUUUGUCUUGUCGCUCCAUCUUAUUUAUUUAUUUGUUAUUGUUAAGUUUGAAUAUUAUAUAUUUGUUCCCGCUGGCGGGCCCAUAACAGGAAUGUAAAAAUCUUACAAAAAAAAAGGAUAAAGUAAAGUGAGUAGCAAUGAAUCAACAAGCAAUAAAAUAUAUAUUUAAAUAGAAAGAAGAAAAAGUCUCCAAGCAACGAAGGUAAGCUUAGGCAUGCAAGGUUAGCUCUCCCUUCCCCCCCCCCCCUUUAGAAGGUAGAAUAACAAUCAGGUAGAUUGACUCCUCACAAGAAAAGUGCAGAGGGAAAAGAAAUUUUGAUAGUUUGAUACUCACCCUGGCGUCCACCUCUCCCCUUCACCCCCCCCCCUCUUUCGAAGCUUGCACGGAGACGGUCCAACACUAAACUCAGGAUGGACGGGCCAGCAGUAAGUUCUGGCCCGUCACCCAGUGUGGCACCGUUUCAUCCCCCUCCGCUGGCACCAGUGAUGCUUGCGGAAGGCCACAUGUCCGCAUUCGAGCCAUGCACUGGGAUGGCCAUUUGGUUUCCACCUCAGGCUUGUUGAUCAAGACCUGAUACUUUGCAACGAUGCGGCGGUGCCACACUAGGAGACUUCUUUAGUAUUAAACACUUGACGCUUACGACAAAGACAUGUUGCUGACACUGGCUUAUUCACUUAUAUGCCUAUGUUGCUUUGACAGACAUGACGUUCACUUCUCUUUAAUUUCUAUUUUCAAAAUUUCGAGUCUGCUUCCUAGAGGCGCUUAACGAGGGAACAUUAACUGGUGUGCUGCAGGACCUGUAGCAGAGUGGGCUGUUGUGGAAUGACUCUUCGUUAAAACCACGCUCGGGGGGAAGGGCUCUUUGCAGACCUGCACUUGUAGCAAACUUUGCUCUGAUAACUUUUUUUUUCUUUUCUUUUUUUCUCUUUUGAACUGCAGCUGUAAAGACUAGAUCCACAGGUACUACAACCGACCAUAGUUUUGGACGGAAGUGACAGCGUGGACUGAUUGCUAAUACCAGACGAAAUCGAUGUUUUUUGCAACAGCUUUCAACGGUUACUUGCUAACAAGAUACGGGAAACAAUAACCGCAAACAAGCCUAACAAUGAACGUAACAAUCAUCUAAUGCUGACAAUAAAUGCCAAAUUUGCCUAUUCAAUAUUUCUCUUUAAACGAGCAACAACGCCCACAAAUAUGCAGGUUAGAGUAGCUGCCCUUCUUCCUCCGAAAAGCAGAACGGUGGAAUUAGGUGAACAGGGUGACCACCGCCGUCGGCUUGAGCGCGACACAGACAGACUGUUUUUAACGUGUUAGGAUAACUGCGAGGGACAUAGAAAACGUACGUUGAGACAACACGUUUUCUUUCCUGCUUUGCCAGCGGACCGGAGCCGCUCGGCCGGGCGCUGAGCUGGCUGGUCGAGAGCGCAGACCGUCGUCUAGUAUUUAUUGCAAAGGAGAUGCCUUGGUAAAGGGAAGUCAGUCUAUCUCCGCUGGGUUGUCUUAGAAUAAAGCAUCGCCCGAGAGCUUUGGGCUACAGAAAUGUUUGCAUAUUUGUAUUUAUAAAUCUACCUUCUACCAGGUUCUGUGUACUAAUGUACUGAUCGUCACAAUUGUAUUUUUGUGAUAUUCAUAUUUAUAAGGCACUAUAAGUCCAAUAAAAAUACAAAAUA